AUGCUAAAGCUACCCUUCAAAACUGCUUUACGGCGACUCACUGGCGCCCAAAUCAAUUUAUUCACGCCACGAUGCCCUGUACAGAAGGCAUUAGGACCAGCUCAGUCCGAUCAUACAUCUCGCAGCAGAAGACUCUGGUUUGUCACGGGACAACGACAUAAUUUCAGUACUUCCGGUCCAUUCUGCGAAAAGAGGUGGACCGCUGAAGAAGCUGAGAAGCUUUGCGAGCUUCGACUUGCUGGAGUCAAGACGGAAGUCAUCGCCAAGGACUUGGGCCGUUCGCUGGGUGCUACUGAGUUCAAACUGAGUUCCCUCCGGAGACAGCGCCCCGACUUUGCUCGCCUGACCGAUGCUGCAAAGCGCUGGUCCGAAAAGGAUGUCCAGCUGCUCCAUGAAAUGAUGAAUUCCAAGAGCAGUAGUGCCCAGAUUGAAGCGGCUUUCCCUGACCGUAGUCGUAAAUCGUUGGUCAACAAGCUCCAAAAAAUCAGAAACGCUUCAAUCGAAGGCUCUCCUAGUCUCACGGGGUGGACAGCAGAGGAGGAUGAAGAGCUUCAUCGACUACGCGUCAUCGAGAAGCUCGCGUUAGGAGAAAUCUCAAAACGAUUGUCUCGCUCGUUUCAUGCGAUCGAGACACGAUUGCGAGUCCUGGGGUUCGCGAUGAUACAGAACUCCCCUUGGGAGCCCCAUGAGGAUGCCAAGCUGUCGACGAAAUGUAGCGGGGUGACAUGGAGAGCAAUUGUUGCUCAACUACCCGGUCGGACAGUUAGCGGGGCUAGUAAUCGUUGGUACUAUCUCAAGGUGAGAGCACAAAAGCCUCGGAGAAAAACUCCCGAGCUGUGGACGGCUGGGGAAGAUGCUAUUCUUCUAAAGAGGCACGCUACUGGUGCGACAUUUGAAACCAUCGCUGUAGCACUGCCGAAUCGGACUGUCAGCGCAUGUCGCUUCCGCGUUACACAAUUGAGAGCGCUGGCUAAGUUGAGGGAAACGAGGACAUCGGACGACAAAUCAUGA